AUGGUUUCAAAAUGUUAUAUCGAAAGUGAUGUUCAACAAACCAAAAACCCCGAUUUUCCAACAUUUUUUGGAAUUUUUACUGAAAUUUUUUAUAGUAUGAUCAAAAUGCCAGAUGAAGAAACUAGUAAAGUUAGUUUGUUUUUGCAAAAUAUUCUUCUCAUGAUUCAGAAUUUUCAGAAAAUGCGCGAUUUUUUGAUGGGAAAAUCAAGUGAUACAAUAGGAGAUGUUAUAAAUCAAAUGAUAUUUUCUCAAAAUGGUCCAACUAUUUUCUGGAGUUUCGGUUUCUUUCUAUUAUUUUCCUCGAUUAUUCUAUUGAUUUCAACAAUUGUUAUUCAAUAUUUUCUUUGUGGAUGUGAACCAGAAAAACCAAAAAGAUAUGAGACGAGAUUUACAAGUGGAUAUAAUUUGAUUGCAUAUCUUCUGGUUUCUUCCUUCUUUAUUUCAGUAUUUGCUAUUACUUAUGAUAUUUCGAAAGUUCAUUUGACAAUUGAAAUUGAAAAUGGAGGCGGAUAUUUGGAUGAAGUAUCUAAUAGUUAGUUUUUGUGAAGCGGUAGACGCGGAACCGGUUCCGCAAGGUUAAACUUGCGGAAAAAAGUGAAAAAAUCAAUAAAUACAGAGAGGGACUAGGAUUUCGCUCGUUGUAAACCUAGUCCCCCGUUGUUUUUUUCUACAGGGUGACAACAAAUUAUAGCGACAAAAGUAUAUGCUGAUCUGACAGUAAUCACGCAGCAAUCUUUUAUGAUUUCAUUGCUCAAAUUUUCUCAAAAACCAUCAUUUUAAAGUUCCUAAUUAGUAUACUGACUUGUUUUUGAUUAUGAACACAACAAAUUUCACAAAGUUGGAAAACGAUGGUUUUCAAAAUUUCGCUUUUUGACGAUUUUUUAAAUUUUCGAUAUUUUAUCGGCUAAUUGUUUCAUGUCUGUAAGUAAUAUUUCAUGACUAUAAUUUUUAGUUUAGGUAAAGUAAGUAUUGGGGAAGGUUCGGCACAAAUAUUAUUACAGCCCACCGACUUUCAGACUUUUUUAGAUGUGGUUAUAUUGAACCACCACUUGCGAGUAUCACAAUUUCAUUUUUCGAUCAAAUUGAAAUAUGGGGAUACAAUUCCAAUAUUUAUAAGUAUGAAUGAUUGCAAAUAGUCUGAAUACUAUCAAAAAUUGUCGAAAAAAUUUUGAGCAUAAAUCCUCUUCAUUAAUUAGAGUAAUUAACGGAUAAUCAGAGUCAACUGAUGAAUUUCGAGAAAUUAUGAUUUUUGGAAAAGUUGCAUUUCUUUCAAAAUUUAUGUUUGAAAAUAAUAUUCGUGAUAUAAAAACAUUCACUAAACACCUUUGGAACAAUUUGAAACAUUAACAUCGUUGAAAAAAAUUAUUGGGACAUUUUUUAAUUUUGACUUGAUUUGAAAAUUCACAAAAUUCCGAAAAUUCAUGAUAAUUGAACCCCGGUGGAUUACUCAUUUGAACAUCAGAAAUUGUUAUAACUGUGAAACAGUGUGUAUUAUGAUCUAGAAACACUAUUUUGAGCAAUAAAUAUAAAAUUUAUCAGCCAGGGAAAAUUUUUGUUGAACAAAGUAUCUAGCGAGUACGGAAAUAUUUUUCAAAACUCUUCAAAGGUCAGAAAAAAUAUUGUGAACCUUCCGAGAACUCUUGAUAUUUUUUCUGCGUAGUCCUGGAUAGUCAGGAAAGUCUCAAAAAAUUUUUCAUAGAGAUCGGUUAAGUACGACAGUCACCAGAGUUAGUGGAAUAUGUCGCUAUAAUUUGUUGUCACCCUGUAUUUUUCCUGGGUUUCGUUCAUAAAAUUCGAAUAAAUCUCAUUUUCAGAGCUGGAAAAAGUUCUAACAGAUGGUGCAACUCAAUUGGAAUGUGAAACCAGCAAAUAUAUUGAUAAGAAUUUCGGGAAAUUCGAUGAUUUGAAGAAAAAUCUAACAAAGAGAAUUGUCAAUGAAACAAUGCAUGAUAUUGGAUUGAUAGCAUUGAAAAAUGUGAGUUUAAUUUAAAUAUUUCAAAAUUAAAUAUACUAUGACAAAAUCUUGCAGUUUGCAAUCGAGAAUUAUACGAAUCAUCUCAAUUCUUCAAUUGCAUACGGACCUACAAUAAUAAAUUCGCCUUAUUCAACCUGCAAAAAUACAUUUGAAACUGUUGAAAAUGUAACCGGAAAUCUGAAAGAGUUAUUGCUUUUUGCUCAAUUAGUAAAUGAUGCAAAACCGAAAAUAUCUAAAACUAUCGAAAAUUUUCAAUCACCAAUUCAAAAAAUUGAAGAUGAAACUAGUAAACGAAUGAUUUAUGCGAAACAAAGUAUCAAAAAUAUUUUUAUCAUUUUUCAUGUGGGUUUUUGAAUUUAAUUUUGCAGCAAAAAGAACAUUUUUGUUUCAGGAAAUGAUUGAAAAAUCGAAAGUUACUUUGAAAAAGUGGAUGGAUUUGGUGAAAGCAGAAAGAAAGGAUUUUGUUGAGGUAGAAUUUUGAAUCAGAAUUAUAUUUCAAAAAAAAUUCAUAAGUAAGAUUUUUAGGGUUUCGCCUAUUCAUUCACAAAAUAUUUCACUGGAAUUCUAAUAAAUGUUAUUUCAUUGCUCACAAUAAUUUGUUCAAUGGCUGCUGCAUAUUUAAUUCAUAAUCGACUUCGAAAUGAAAAAUGGAUGAAAAAAUAUGUGAAAUUUAUACUUAUUGGAUUCUAUACCGCAAUAGUUUUCACAAUUUUCCUAUUCAUUUUUUGGAUUUUCGCAUUUUUGGGAGGAUGGAUGAUUUCAACGAUUUGUUUGCCGAUUUUUGAAGAAGAUCAAUAUGAAUUCUACAAAGGAAUCAAUUUCAAAUCACCGAAAUUUCGAAAAGAAGUUGCACAAAUAAAUGCAGGGUACUUCUAUAACUUUUACAUAGAACAACAUUUCAAAUUCAAAAUAUUUUCAGACAAUUCCUUCGUAGAUGUAAUUCUCCUCAAACUACAACAUUUUUCGCGAUUCGAGGAUUUGAAUUCUUCUCAGCAACUCAUGUCAAAAAACAAUUCGAAAUUGUUCAAUUUCACAAUCAGGCUAGAGAUGAGAUUGAAAAAUUGAAACCGGAAAUUGUCAAAUUCUCAACUCAAAGAGCCAGAGAACAUUUAGCAGAGCUCAACAUGAAUUAUGCGAAUUUGAAGCAACUUAUAAAUGGAACAGAAUGUCAUUUUGAUAUUGGAUAUUUUCCAGCAAUUGAGAAUAUUAUGGAGGAUAGUGAGAGGUUUUUGAAUUUGACGGAUGGUUUUGAAAUGCGAAAUAUUACUGAGAUAUUUGUCAAGAAUAAUCUGGAGAUAUUUGAGCCUUUAAGAGUUGCGAUUUCAGAGUCCAGUGAUUUACUUAUCGUAAGUUUAUUUUAAACACAUGGAACUAAUUUGCUUUAUAUAUACCUCAAUAUUUUUCCAGCACAAUCUUCAAUACAAUAAUUUCAAAUGCGGUCCAUUUGUCCAUAUUCUCAAUACCUUUGGAACCUAUUUUUGCGAAUAUUUGGGUCAACCAAUGCAUGCAUUUUCGGCUUCUCUAUUCCUACUUAGCCUAACUUUUCUUCUAAAUUCCAUUUCGCUUCUUUUGGCUUAUCGUUGGUUGAGUAAACCGGAUUUUGAAUUUGCGAAAUAUGAAACGGUAUGUUCCUUUAAUGGGUCUAAAAUCUCAUUGGUACCACGCGCUCCAUCGAAAUAAACACGCAACGCAGACCGCGCCGCGCUACAACACACACAAAAAGGGAGGGAAUUUGAAUUGUUCCCUUUUUUGGUGUGUUGUGACGCGGCGCGGUCUGCGUUGCGUGUGGUACCGAUGAGAUUUUCGAUAAUAAAACUGCUGAUCUCAAUUAUAAACAAGAGUUAUGACGUGGCAAAGUUCUCAAUAGAGCGAAUUUGCGAUUUUUAUUCUAAAAUUAGCAAAUCAAGUCUGCACUCUCUCAAUUUCACAUUGUCUCUACUCAAAAAUAAUGGCUCUAUCGCAAUAUAUGGGUCCCAUGGAAAUAUAAGGGUCCGUAAAAAAUAUAGGGGUCCGUAAUUUUGUUCAAGGGUCCCAAAAAUAUAAGGGUCCGUUUUUUUUUUGAGGGUCCAUCAAAAAAAACAAUUUUUUUGAAAAAAAAAAGUAUUUUUUCUAAUUUCAUUUAUUUAUUUUUGGUGAUUUUUUGUAAUUUUUUCACAUUUUUUUAGCAAGUCAGUUUCUAGGGGGUUUACUAAGCCUAAGCCUAAAAAAAUAAUAGAAAAAUUAGAAAAAUUCCUCUGGUAACUCUAUUUUUGGCUUUUCAGCUUCAGAAUUAGGCUUAGGCUUAGUAAACCCCCGAAAAUUCAAAGAAUCGUCAAAAAAUCAAGGAAAAUACAACAAAACAAUUGAAAAUUACAAAAAAACACAUUUUUCCUCCAAAAAUCAAUUAAAAAUCACCCUAUGAAACCUAUUAUUCUGCAUAGGCCCAUAAUGGAUUUCAAAAAAAUAUUGAUUUAUUUUCAGUCACCUGCAAAUCCAAAUCAAAAAAUUGUUGUUUCUGGCGAAGAAGAACCUGUCAACAAUACAAAAACACCAGAAUCUGAAGAGAAAAAGAAGAGAAAUUCGAAAUCUCCAAGUUCGUAA